UUUUUUCCAGUCCUCUCCCAAGCCCUAGUUAUUAGCCGGCGGAAGCAAAGAGCCUCCAUAAUCUGUACUUCUUCCUCUAAUCAUGACCUUCAAACGUCGGAAUGGUGGCCGCAACAAGCAUGGCCGUGGCCAUGUCAAAUUCAUCCGCUGCUCUAACUGUGGCAAAUGUUGCCCCAAGGAUAAGUCGAUCAGGAGGUUUCUUGUGAGGAACAUUGUAGAACAAGCUGCUGUUAGGGAUGUCCAGGUAGCCUGCGUCUAUGACUCGUACACUCUGGUUAAGCUGCAUGUGAAGAUGCAAAUCUGUCUUUCAUGUGCGAUCUACUCUCAUGUCGUGAGAGUCCGAUCCCGCACUGACAGGAGGAACCGUGAUCCACCCCAGCGCUUCAUCAGGCGCAGGGAUGACAUGCCAAAGCCUGGUCAAUCGUGCAUGGCUCGUUAGUACUGUCUUUAACUUGUGUAGCAAACACUUUUGGUUUAAAAAUACCCCGUUUACUGCGGGUGACCAUCAGAUGCCCAUUAUUAACCAACAAAUAUGAUGUGCCAUCUUCACACUAUCUAGGCACACCAGCCCGAACCGACUCAUCCACCAGCAGCUCACCAUGCUGCUCUACCUGUUCUGGCACCACAUUCGCCACACUCUCACCUGCAUCAGUACUGAUCGACACACUUUCAAUAGACUGAUCGACACUGCUGCUGGAAGCUCUCACUUUAGCAGCCUCAGGCAUUACCCCACUGCCACGUUGAGCUCCAGGAACCACCAUCGGUGACUCCCCAACACCCGAGUUUUUUGAAACUGUUAACCCUUUCUUAUCCACGUGCUCAGCAAACGGAAACACAUGCUCAUCAAAAACUACAUUACGAGAUAUAUAGACUCGUCCAUCAGGUGCUAAACACUGAUAUCCUCGAAUGACUUACACUGUAACCCAGGAAAACAUACGGUUGUGACCUGUAUGCAAGCUUGUAAAGUUGAAAUACUCGUAAAUGAGGGAAGCACCUACAACCAAACAUCCUUACGUGAUCAUAUGUUGGAGGUUUGCCAAACAACUUCUCAAAGGGAGUAUGCCCUUGAAAUACCUUAGUUGGCAGCGUAUUAAUUAGGUGGGUUAUUGUUACAACUGAAAACGACCAGAACUUCAAGGGUAGAGAGGCUCGAGCUAGUAGUGUCAACGCCAUUUCAAACACGUGUUUAUGCUUUCUCUCCACAACCCCAUUUUACUGGGAUGUGUGUGGACAUGUCACCCGAUGUUGAAUCCCACAUCGUGCAAGCACAGUUGAGAGGGAACGAAACUCACCUCCCCAGUCACUCUGCACAGCCUUAACCUCCAGGCCAAACUGUGUAUGCACUAACUGCUGAAAUAACUGAAAUGCUCGAACUGCAUGCCCUUUCUCUUUCAACAAGUACACCCAGGUGUGUCUUGAACACACGUCUACAAACGAUACAUAGUAUUUGAAUCCGUUCGACACAAUAUGUCUCGAACCCCAUAGGUCAAUAAAGACUAGCUGAAAUUGAUGUUCAUACUGAGUUUCGGACACACUAAAUGAAAGCUUGUGGCUUUUACCCAUAUGACAUAGAACACACGUUGGAAGCAAUUCUUUAUUCAUAUCACUUGGCAAAGAAAUAUUACACUGCUUACAAACUUGCAACAACACGUUAUAGGAUGGAUGACCUAAACGAUCAUGCCAUAAUACAUAGCUACUACUACAAGAUUUAUGAGCCAAAUUUGCUUCAGCACCUCGAUCAUGAUCAACCAGAAAAUUGUCAAACUCAUAUAGGCCACCAACUUCUCUUCCUCGCAGCAGCACAGCACCAGAUGUUUCAUCUCGAACCACACAGUGAUCAGCAUGAAAUUCCAAAAACACUUUAUUAUCCCUAGCAAGCUUGGACAUCAAUAUCAACUUCUUAGUUAUAGAAGGUACAUGCAGUAAAUCACUUAGUAUUAAAGAUCGAGAUGCAGUAUGAACCGAAGUUCGACUAAUUUUAGCAAUUGAAAGACCAAUACCAUUUCCUAUAACCAGUUUACCAGCGCCUGUGUAAUCUGAACCACCCACAACUUCAGCAUCAUCAGAGGUAAUGUGGUGAGUAGCUCCUGAAUCUACAAACCGCGAGGCAGGGGAGGAACUCGUUGCAGCUGCAUUUGCAAGUGGUCUGAGUCAAUCUUGACUAUCCAGGCCUGUUGUAUUCACGCUUGGUUUGCUUGUACAGGCACAAACACUGGAAUUGUAGUGACACAUAUUAGUUAUAGGUAAUCGCUCCUUGUACAAGCUUCUCACAUCUAAUUCAUCUACACCAGAAAACGACUUGUCAAACCUGUACCAACAGCAAUUGACAAGGUGACCAUUUUUUCCACACAACUGGAACUGAACCUUGGCACGCCCAUGACCACGGCCAGCUUGAUUAUUAUAGGUUGUGUGUCUGUCUGUCUUGGCUUGAUCUUGACAAGUGUAUCGAUCAUACCUAUCACCCACAUCAUUCUUCACCUGUGCUACAUUAGCAGCAACAACCACACUGUCAAAAUGAGUGAAGUUCUUCUGUUGAGUCUCAGCAUCAAUAAGCAUCGAGACUAUGCCUUCCAGUGUCAAGGCAUCACGACUGGCCAUCAUCUAGUGCAUUGUCUUGAGCGACAAAGACCUCAUGAUCUUCAUUCUCAACAAUCGUGCCAUCAUCUAGUGCAACCGUCGCCGGCGGAGGAGCAAUCAAGCCAGACAACAACUUCUCAAGACGAUGACUUCUCACCGUUAACAACACUUGUUGUUUCCAUAGCAGAAAGUUCCGAUCGUCUAAAACAAUGCUCAAUCGUUUGUUGGUGAACCCUUUCGAAGCAAGUCCCAAGCAGUCAGAGCUGCUGACAACACCACUAGGAAGUGGAGAAACCGGAGGCGUCAUACCACCAACGUGCGCUCAGCUAACGACGAGCAUACCUUCACCACGCCACCAGAUCACCAACAUCUGAUACCAUGUUGUAUUUUAUACUGAAACUUAACAACACACUAAAGAAAGUGAUUGAACUUGUUAUUCAUCUAGGAAUUACACCAGCCUUUUAUACACGGUAGCUUGUAUACCAGACUCAACUAACUCCCUUAACAGACUCAUAACUAACCUCUAACAGCCUCAACUAAACCUGACUAACCACAAACUAACCACACAGCUUACACGUACAUUAGUUGCAACAACCAACCAUGCACACAGCAUGUAAACAUGCAGCUAUACUUCAACAUUGGUGGAUAAAGCCAUCAACAUCGACCUCUUCCAAUUGUUGUAAUUAUCGCUGACGAGAGGCUGAGUAACGAGAAUCAUACCAGGGUAAUAGGAAUUGUUGCCAUGAUCGAACUGAUCAAUAAUCUCAACCGUGGUGAAACAUGAAAAUGAAGGGAGAAAGAAAGAUGAUGAAUUGGCUAAAAACUGAAACGAAGUAGAAAAACGAUGGAAGCAAAAAACUUAUGAUACCAUGUAACAGUUUGUGAAAAGAACUUAUUUUACACUUGUGUGAUUGCAAAGCUUGAUAAGAGGAUGAUCUCUUCUUAAUAACAAUGAGCAGUAAAUAUACACCCAAAGCUAGCUGAGACAAAAUAACUGAUUAUAACAGAAAAGAACCUAACUAACUAAAUAACCGUAAUUUUGAUUUCUCGACUAGUUUAAUUUCAUUUUGAAUAUUAUGGUCAAAAUGUCCCCUUUUCAGCCGACAGUUAUGGGUAAGGACAGCACCAUUCUCUAUGUUUUCACCGACACAUGCUAUGGUUAAUUUAAACCUUCGGCAGCUACCCCUUAAAACCACCCCAUGUUGUUGCAGCUGCCCUCACUCGGUUAAAAAUCAGAUGAAUUUCAUUUCAUUUUCCAUCCCUUAUUCUGUUUUCUUUUUGUCGAUUUGCAUGCCACGUGCAAUGGUGGGAUGUGGUGGCUCACCUAAACAGACUACUCAUUUUAUUUCUUUGACUCGCACAGCAUAAAAUAAUUUCUCAAUAAUAUAAUUAUUAUCUUUACUCAUUUUAAUAAUCACAUCAACAUGUUUGAUGAUCAAUAGUGCAAAUUUCGAUUAUAACAAUCCUUAUUAAUUUAC